UUUGUUUUUAUACAAACAUUUUUGUAAUAUUCUCGUUAUCCCAUGGAUAUGGAUUACAACCUGCACAAAAUCUGUCGGGUAUGUCUGAAAGAAGGAGCUCUUACCUCCAUCUACAGUACUGAGUUCAGUAUGAUGCCCUCCACCAUGUUGAUGUUGUGUGCCAAAAUUCGAGUGUACAAGAAAGAUGGUUUACCCGAGGUUAUAUGCAAUAAUUGCAUUUACAGAUUGGGUGUAGCGUAUCAUUUUAAACAGGAAUGUGAAAAUUCCGAUAUAAGACUGAGACAGUAUUUGGGAUUGACCGAUAGGGGUUAUGGAAUAUGUGAUGCAGAAACAAAUACAGAUGAUAAUUUAAACUUGGUUUUGUUGAGCAAAUCUCAGAGUUAUCAUAAUACCACCGGGAACUCUUCAGAUUCUGAGGAGGAAGAUGAAGAGGAGCAUAGAACGAGUAAAAAGAAAAGCAAAAGACGCUCUCGCUAUCAACGCAAACCUCCCGAAGAGCAUAAGAAGCGCGGACCCAAACCCCUGCCGAAACUACCACAAACCUGUUACGAGUGCAAUAAAACCUUCAAAUGUACAGCCCAAUUACAGCAGCACAUACGCACACAUACUGGCGAGAAGCCAUUUCCCUGUCGUUACUGUCCUCGACGAUUUGCCCAAAAAUACAAUCUACAAAUACAUGAACGCACGCACACCGGUGACAAACCUUUUCAGUGUGAAAUUUGCUCCAAACAAUUUUCGGCUUUGGGCAACUUCCAGGCUCAUUUAAAAAUACACACCGGCAUACGAGAUCAACAUUGUCCCGUAUGUCAGAAAUCAUUUUAUUCGGCCGGCGACUUAUCCAAACAUAUGAUUACCCAUACAGGUAUUAAAAAUCAUCAUUGUGAUGUGUGCGGCAAGGCGUUUAGUCGCAAUCGUGAUAUGCUGGCUCAUAAAAGGAAAUUACAUCAAAUGUCAAAUCUUACGGAGCGCAGUGAAGAUGAAGAGGAUGAAAUUGUUGAUGCGGUGGUGAAUGAUGCAUUUAAAUGUCCCGAUUGUGAUAAGGAAUUUGAGUCGGCUGGCAGUUUAUCGGUACAUUUUCGCACUCAUGGUUCGAAUAAUCUCUUGAAUUUACCCUUAGGUGGUCAUACACAAAUGAUGGUGCCGCCGCCGCCACCACCUCCUUCACAUGCUGCUCCUCAUCAUUAUCAUCAUCAGGCAGCGGUGGCUUUAGGUCCACACACUCAUCACGAUGGUCUGCAUGCCCAGGCUCAUCAUUUAGGUUUGAAUGCAGCCUCAUUGCAACCGAAUCCGGGCGGCAGUAUGUCUAUGGCUCAUAUAAUGGGACCACCACCACCACAUGCGGUACCAUUACCACCACCGCCAGCAGCAGCGGGACCUCAAUCGUCGCUGUCUAUGAUGCACACUGCACAAAGAUUACAUCCUUAUUGAAAUU